GGUGCAGGCUUCAGGCUGGGGCGGCGCCUUCGCCUCCGGCUGCCGUAGGACCGCGGAGCCGCCGCUCUAUCGGCGACAUCUUGGUGGAGGACGUGCUAGGGGAAACGCUGUUCACUCGGUAGCUGCUGCACCAACGAUCUCUGCCGACUUCCGGAGAGCGGAGAAUAGGACACUCGGGAGCCUCCGCCCUCCGGUCCGGGCGGGGCUCCGGGUUUGAACCGCGCGGCGGGCCGCGCCUCUGAGUCCGGUCGGGCCCGUAGGCGGCAGCGCGGAGCAAGCAGGCGGCAGCGCGCGGCACCAUGUCCCCGGGCAGCGGGGUGAAGAGCGAGUAUAUGAAGCGCUACCGGGAACCGCGUUGGGACGAAUACGCGCCGUGCUACCGCGAACUGCUGCGCUACCGCCUGGGCCGCCGGCUGCUGGAGCAGGCGCACGCGCCCUGGCUCUGGGACGCCUGGGGCCCGGACAGCCCCUCGGACAGCUCGGCUUCACCUAGUCCUGCGCCCAGGGGCGCGAUAGGGGAGCCCGCGGCGCCCUCCGCGCCGGAGGAGGAGCCGCCGGUGGGGGAGCGCGGCGCGGAGCUGCGGGACACGGAGGAGCAGGACACAGUGCUACCAGCCCCACCAAAAAAGGACGUAGAAGAGAGACCUGAAGAACACAGGACAAAAGAGACUGACGGGGCGCCCAGUGGCCCCGGACCUCGACAACAGCCCAGUGCCUUAUGUGCCAGAGGAAGUAAGAAAGCCGCCAGAAGCCCCCAAAGACCCACCAGCAAAAUAAAAGAGAACAAGCACCCGUUUGCCCUUUAUGGCUGGGGAGAGAGACAGAUGGACAUGGGGAGCCAGAAGACGCACAAUGUCUGCGCAUCGGCCUCUGUGCAUGAGAUUCAUGAGUCAGCACUUCGAGCCAAGAAUAGAAGACAGGUGGAGAAAAGGAAGCUGGCUGCCCAGAGGCAGCGGGCUCACUCGGUGGAUGUGGAAAAGAACCAGAGGGUAAAGCCGUCGUCUGCGGAGAACCCGUGGCUGACAGAGUACAUGCGGUGCUACUCGGCGAGGGCGUAGAUCCUGGGGCAUCCUCUUUCAAGUGUUCGUGCGAGCGAAGGAAAACAGAAACUAGCUAAUGACACCACAUACGGGUGGGAGAGACUGACUGGUCCUGCAAGGCGGCUCCCCUUAGGAAAUUCCAAGAGAUGGCUGUGCUUUCCUGAUGGUUGGUCACCUGCCUUAGUGGUGGGACAGACUGUGGAAGCCAUAGAUGCUGGCUUGUUUACGAAGACAAAUCCCCAAGUCUUGAUAUCCUUGUAAGAGUUUUCUUUUAAAGAUUUUAAUCUUUGGAGAUACCCACACUGAGUGCCUUUAACCGGCUCUAGGCGCUUCCCACCCAACCCUCCCGUAGUCUAGUCAGAGCUGCCCUUUCUGAUCAGCACCACAUUCCACAACUGGCAGGGCAUCCCGUCCACUGUUGAGCAUUGAGCAUUCAGCGUGCAGUUCGCCACGCCCGGAGCCGACACCCAGGAGAGCAGGCGUGGUGAUCCCGGCUGUUCCUGACGAGUUUCGGCAACUGCAGAACGAUUACACUUGAUAGAUUUCGUUUCACCUCACCUUCACAUAGACUGUGAUAUUUAAGAGUUUUCUGGCCAGAGCCUCUUCUCCCUUAGACGUUUAUUAAAUGCACAGUUUAAUGUUUCUGGUACAUUCCAGUGAGCAACGUGCAGAGCAUGUUUCAAGCAAUGGUGACAUUCCUUUAACUGCAGUCUGUCCCUUACGUCUGACCUGCCAUUCCCUCUUCUGAGAUAGCGGAUGAAGACAUUGAGAACUCUGCAGUGACAUUUAAAUGAACUGGGUUUGUUUGGCCUGUGGGGAUGGGACCAGCAGACACCGCCAGUGUGUCCUUGCCUGUGGUGUGCUUAAUGACGGCUUUGUGCGCGGUGCUGCUAGUCUAGGUUGAAAACCUGAUGGCUUCAUCUCUGGCCCGGUGAUCUUUGCUGCCGUACUGUGGGAGAAUAGGGCGGGCGCUGGCCUGACUGUAACGUCCUUCCUUUAAUAGGGAACCGCUGUCAGGGUUUAAGAAAGAAAAGGGUUUUAAAGAACGUGUGUUCCCAUGAGAGGGGUGCCUUCGACACCCUGUAGAAGAGAAUUCCAGAAGGACGAGCACUGUGUUCUUCCUGAGAGACAGGGAGAUCUGCCUGCACCCACUCAGCAUCUGAGCUUGCUGGGUAAAACCCGGUGUUGGGCGUGCGGCUGAGCAUUUAUUUCCAUGAUAUUUUUACCCUGGGUUUUUGAAUAUGGUAAUUUCUAGGACGCAAGACUGAUUUCAUUCCACGUGAGAUUGUCACACGAUGUCAUCUGAAAACUGUUAUCAGGCUUUGAAAAUGCAUACUAAAGAAUCAUGAGUGGUUUUUUUUUUUUUAAACUUUUAAACUAUUUGCCUAGUUUUGUAUAGUCCCCCGUGUACAGAGCCCUCCCCUCUGAGGUGUAUAUUAAUUAAAGAGUAAGUUCUACAUGUUGUCCAAAUACAACCUUGCUAGUGAUAACUGUGUUAACUACCUAGUCCCCAAAUGUCACAUAACCAGGGUGAUUGGCACAGUAGCCCAGGUUGUUGAGAACUGCUCUUUGUAAAGCCAUACCUUGAAAAGCCUACAUUCCCAGCAUCAUCAAAGCGCACCUGACAAUCUCAGAAAGGCGGGUCGGGGAGGGACACAGGACCCUGACCCUGGCCUUCAGACUUGCUCAGAAAACAGACGUGCAUCCUUCUGCAUAUGUGUGUAGAAGUGCAGGCUGAGGUAUGUUGAGAGGUCUGCUGGUGUCUUUACCAAAUUCUUUUUCUUUUCUUGAGACAGGGUUUGUCUAUGUAGCCCUGGCUUGUCCUCAAACUCUGUAGACCAGGCUGGCCUCGAACUCGGAGAUCCGCCUGCCUCUGCCUCCGAAGUGCUGGGAUUAAAGACUUACCACAUCCUUUUUACACAGAGCACAAAUGAUCCGGACUUUGGAGAACAUUUAAUGUUCGCACACCGCAAAUAAGUCAAUAUGAAUUAGCGGUGACUCCCCACACCUGAGUCCCUAAUGUUUAGGGGUCAAAUUUUCUCCUUUUUAAGAAGAUGGUGAUUACUUUUUGAGCCUAUGAAAAUUUUAACGAACCUUAACAACUUUUCCCUGUUCUAGGAGCAGUGAGAUAAUUUAGAGUUAACUUCUAUGCUGGAAACAUCUGAAAAUGUUUGAGAAAUCCAGUCGUAUUUAAAAGAAAUGAUAUACGAGUCUUUUUAAAACAUCUGAUUUUAAGGUCUUAAUUAAAACAGUUUUCCAUAAG